GAAAAGUGGAUCCCACGUGUUUGCUUGUGCUACCUUCUUCCUCUGUUUAUAAAAACCUUGAGCCAAUUCCACCUUGCUUAAUUUUCCUGCGUUUUAACCAUUCUACUCCGUCACUCUACCCUGUCAAUUGCUUUAAGAUGGAAGACGAUGAAGACUGCGGAACUAAGGAUAUACAGUUUGGCUUCCGACGUUUUCGAGCACCUGCAAAACGAAUUUACGCGAAUCGGAAUGUCUUUCUCUUAGAUGUCCCGCCGAAUCCAAUUGCUAGCUGGCUAUUAUUUUGGAUGCCGCAGCUCGUCUGCUGGCUACAGCGAUUGCUGCCAGAGUGGUUCUUGCCGACAACUGUCAUUCUAAAGGAGCGAAACCCCACCAAGGCUGAUGACUACGAAAACGAAAUCGACACAUACCUGCAUCUUCGAUCCCUCCAGGGCACCCAUAUCCCGCGUUUGUUUGGUGAAGUAACCGUCAGCGACCCCCACGCGCAGAGAUACCGGAUCAGUAAGCGACCCACUCCUGCUAUCCUCCUGGAAAACGUCGAAGGAGUGUCGCUAUACAAUCUUCCAACUGAAGAGCUAGGGAAUCCGGACCUUCUUAGGGGACUCAAGGAUAUAUAUAACCUACUUACGGAAAAAGGGGUUGUUCAUGGGGAUCCAAAGCUCCACAACUUUUUACGUGUUGAUCAGAGGAUCGUUGCUAUCGACUUUGAGUUGUCCAACCCUCUUCCUAGUGAUAUAACGAAUGAGCUUGAAUUGAGGGACUUAGUGAGCGAGAUUGCGCAACGGGAAAAGCAGGCACAGGGAGCAGGAUCCAAACGUUUGGUCUCGGGCGUCUAUUUUAUAGAGGGGGGUUUACAAGUGCGGACGGAUUUACGGUCUUCCAGCACGACGACCUAUAACGAGCAGAGGGGUGACGAGGGGCUAUCUACCCUGGGAGCUCAGCUACCUAAGGUAUAUUCUCGGCACGGGCGUGUUGGGCUGCGGCCGGGAACGAUAUAUGGUGGGCGAGGUGGAGAGGUGGAGAGGUGAAGUAGUGAGAAAGAGAGGGAGGACAUUGGAGGUUAGCGGAAAGUGAGAUAUGGGAGGUACACUCGGGAAGGAUGGAUGGGCACUAACGGGAGUAGGAGGGGUUUCUAUGUUGGAGCCGAGCGGCUGGACUUAUCUGCCGCUUAGCUGUUCUCCCUUGGUCAAAUCGCAUGUCAGGCAAAGCCAAGCUCCAGCGCGCCGACGAGCGCC